AGAACGAUUAUGAAAAUGCAAUUAAUAAUGAAGCGUGCUAUAAAUGGAACAGUGAACACUAUACAUGAUACUAAUCAUAAAUUGAAAAUACGCAAUGGAGGAAUUUCUAAUGAUGAAUAUAAGCAGCUUACAGUGAAUACUCUUGUUUUUUACGUAAAUGGAAAAGAGGUAUUAGAUGAUAAGGUAGAUCCAGAAUGGACUUUGCUGUGGUAUCUUCGCAAUAAAUUACACUUAAUUGGAACAAAGUUAGGAUGUGCUGAAGGUGGAUGUGGAGUAUGCACAGUCAUGAUUUCAAAAUACGAUCAUAGAACUAAAUCUAUUGUUCACUUGGCAGUAAAUGCGUGCUUAUUUCCAAUAUGUGCUGUACAUGGUUUGGCAGUGACUACAGUGGAAGGAAUUGGUAGCAUCAAAACAAGAUUACAUCCUGUUCAAGAACGAAUAGCUAAAGCGCAUGGCUCCCAAUGUGGUUUUUGUACACCUGGUAUCGUUAUGUCUAUGUAUACUCUUUUGAGAAACACACCAAAACCUACAAUGAAAGACUUAGAAAUUACAUUUCAAGGUAAUCUAUGUAGAUGUACAGGAUAUCGACCAAUUAUAGAAGGAUUUAGAACCUUCACUGAAGAAUGGGAACAAGCACAGUUGGCAAAUCAAAUACCUAAAGAAAAUGGAUGUGAAAGAGUUUGUUCCAUGGGAGAUGCUUGCUGCAAGAAAGCAUUUUCAUCUGAACCUACUGAGAUUUUUAGUUCUAAAGAUUUCUGUCCGUAUGAUCCUUCUCAAGAAUUAAUAUUUCCACCAAAGUUACAAGUCUCUUCUUAUCUUAAUGAGCAAUACUUAGUAUUAAAAGGUAAAAAUGUAACUUGGUUUAGACCUAUAAAUUUAACACAAUUACUUACUCUUAAACAUGAGUAUCCAUCUGCCAAAAUUGUAGUUGGAAAUACAGAAGUUGGUGUGGAAGUAAAAUUCAAACAUUUCCUUUAUCCAAUAAUUAUACACCCAACACAAAUAAAAGAGCUGCAUGAGAUUACAGAAUCCAAUGAUGCAUUAACAAUUGGUGCAAGUAUAACUUUGAAUGAAUUACAAGAUGCUCUUAAGCAUUAUAUCAAAAUAAAACCAGAUUUUCAGACAAGAAUUUUUACAGAGAUAGUAAAAAUGUUACAUUUUUUUGGUGGUAAACAAAUUAGAAAUGUAGCUUGUGUCGCUGGAAAUAUAAUAACUGGAAGUCCUGUAUCAGAUUUAGUUCCAAUAUUUGUAGCUGCUGGUGUAAAAUUAGUUCUGCAUAGUUUAAAAAAAGGAUGCAGGACAGUAUUAUUAGAUAAAAAUUUUUUUACCGGUUAUCGCAGUAAUAUUGUAGAGCCCGAAGAAAUUCUUGUUUCAAUUAUAAUUCCUUUUUCUUAUAAGAAUCAAUAUUUUAUUGCUUAUAAACAAGCAAGAAGGCGAGAUGAUGACAUAGCAAUAGUGAACAUGGCUUUUAAUGUAUUUUUUAAAGAUCAAACUCGUAUAAUAGAAAAAGCAUAUUUAUCAUUUGGCGGAAAGGCCCCAACCACUACUAUGGCUCUUCAGACGUGUAAAAAUAUAAUUAAUAGAAAAUGGGAUGAGAAUAUAUUGGAGAUUGUAUAUGAUUCAUUACUUAGAGAAAAUGAUUUAUCAGACAAUGCUCCUGGUGGAAUGAUAAUGUAUCGUCGUGCUCUUACAUUAAGUUUGUUUCUCAAAGGAUAUUUACAUAUAACUAAAUGUUUAUCGAUAAAUUCGUCAAAUAUAGAGCCACUUCCAAGUGAAAUAAUAAGUGCAUCAGAAUGUUUCCAUUAUAAACCACCAAAAAGUUCACAAUAUUACCAAAUUGUACCUGAAGAACAAGCUCAUACUGAUUUAUUAGGACGACCGAUUGUUCAUACCAGUGCCUUUAAACAAGCAACUGGUGAAGCAAUUUAUUGUGAUGACAUGCCUUCAGUUAAUGGAGAAUUAUACUUAAGUCUUGUGUUAUCAACAAGAUCACAUGCAAAAAUUUUAAAAAUUGAUCCAUCAAAAGCACUUGACAUGGAAGGGGUUGAAGCAUUUUUUUCUGCAAAAGAUAUUCCUGAUGAUAGACGUUGGGUUGGACCUAUUGUAUAUGAUGAUGAAGUAUUUAAAUCUGAUAAGGUCACUAGUCAAGGACAAGUUAUAGGUGCAAUCGUUGCAGUUGAUCAAGCUACAGCACAAAAAGCUGCAAGAAGCGUUAUUGUGGAAUAUGAAGAUAUACAACCCUUAAUUAUAUCUAUAGAGGAUGCUAUUAAACAUAAUUCAUUCUUCUCUGAUUUUUCAAAACGUAUUAUUAAAGGAGAUGCAAAAAAAGCAUUUGCAGAAACUGAUUAUAUAUUGGAAGGUGAAAUACAUACAAGUGGACAAGAACAUUUUUAUUUAGAGACAAAUGCUGUUAUUGUUAUACCAAAAGAAGAAGAUGAACUAGAAAUGUUUUGUGCACAUCAACAUCCUUCUGAAGUACAGAAGCUUGUUGCUCAUGUCUUAAAUGUGCAUCUAAAUAGAAUCAAUGUCCGUGUUAAACGACUAGGAGGUGGUUUUGGAGGAAAAGAAUCUCGUCCACAUAUGCUUGCUAUACCAGCUGCACUUGCUGCACAUAGAUUGCGCAAACCUAUACGUUGCAUGCUGGAUAGAGAUGAAGAUAUGAUGAUGAUGGGCACACGACAUCCAUUCCAUUUCAAAUAUAAAGUUGGAUUUAAAAAAAAUGGUUUGAUAGAUGUUUUGGAAAUACAUAUAUAUAAUAAUGCAGGAUAUUCUGUUGACCUCUCUGCAUCAAUAUUAGAACGUACAAUGUUUCAUUUUGAGAAUUCCUACAGAAUACCAGUGACACAUGCAUAUGGUUAUUUAUGUAAAACAAAUUUACCUUCUAAUACUGCUUUUCGUGGUUUCGGCGGUCCGCAAGGCAUGUUUGCUGCAGAAAACAUUAUUAGACAUAUUGCUGAAUUUUUAGAAGUUGAUGUUAUAAAGAUAGCAGAAUUAAAUAUGUAUAAAGAAGGAGAUUUAACUCACUAUAAUCAACAGCUUCUUCGUUGUACCUUAGAUCGUUGCUGGAAAGAAUGUUUAAGUUCUGCUCAUUAUAAUGAAAGAAAAGUUGCAGUUGAAGAAUUUAAUAAACAUCAUAGAUAUAAGAAAAAAGGAUUAGCUGUUGUACCUGUGAAAUUCGGAAUUUCAUUUACUACUUUAUUUUUAAAUCAAGCUGGAGCACUUGUUCAUAUAUAUACCGAUGGUUCUGUUUUAAUUAGUCAUGGUGGAAUUGAAAUGGGACAAGGUUUACAUACGAAAAUGACUCAAGUUGCAAGCAGAGUGUUAAAAGUGAAUCCAGAAAAGAUCCAUAUUGUUGAAACUGCUACAGAUAAAGUACCAAAUACUUCUGCCACUGCUGCAAGUUGUGGAUCUGAUUUAAAUGGCAUGGCUCUCAUGUAUGCAUGCAAUGAUAUUAUGAAACGAUUGAAACCUAUAAUUGAUGAUAAUCCAAAUGGCACUUGGGAGGAAUGGAUAAAGAAGGCAUAUUUGAGUAGAAUCAGUCUUUCAGCAACUGGAUUCUACCAAACUCCAAACAUUGGCUAUUCUUUUGUAACUAAUUCAGGAAAUCCUUAUAAUUACUUUACUUACGGCGUUGCUUGUACAGAAGUAGUGAUCGAUUGUCUUACAGGUGAUCACCAAAUACUGAGGACAGAUAUCGUGAUGGAUGUAGGAGAAAGUAUAAAUCCUGCUAUUGACAUAGGUCAAAUAGAAGGUGCUUUUACCCAAGGUUAUGGAUUAUUUACAUUAGAAGAAUUGAUGUAUUCUCAAACUGGAUAUCUUUAUAGCAGAGGACCUGGAGCAUAUAAAAUACCAGGAUUUGCUGAUAUACCACAAGAAUUUAAUGUUUCAUUAUUGAAAGGUGCUCCUAAUCCUCGAACUGUUUAUUCUUCAAAAGCUAUUGGAGAACCACCUCUGUUUUUGGCAUCAUCCGUCUUUUUUGCUAUUAAAGAAGCAAUUAAAGCUGCACGUAAAGAUAUGAAUAUUUAUGGUCAUUUCAGAUUAGAUUCUCCUGCAACUGCAGCGCGUAUUCGUACAGCAUGUGUGGACAACAUAAUAAUGAAGAUUCCAGAACCCAAUCUGAAUGUACAAUGGAAUAAAAUUCCAUAAUCCAUAAUUUUUAUAAAAAAAACAUUUUAUAUAUUUAUAUCUAAUAUCUGUACACCAUACAUCAUUGUGAUAUAUGAAGUAUGGUAUCUAAAGUGUUUGUUUUAAACGUAUCAUAAUCAUAUCAUCGUAUAUAUCGUACCAUGAUUAAAAAAUUCCUUUGAUUUUAAUUACUGUUAUUGCAUAUGAUAACUAUUGUAUUUAACCCAUUUAAAGUAUAUACUUAUAUAAAAAAAGGUGUAUUGGUGGUACUAAAAAAGUAAUGUUGAGAAUAUAUAUAUAAUAUAAUCAUUGAUUUAUGAUAUAACUUUGUCACAGGACAUUAUAAAAAUUGUGUAAUGUAAAAGAUACACCAGUCUUAACGAUGCUUUGUCAGAAAUAUGUUUCUUAAAUCUAAGAUAUUUUAAUUUAAAAUUGUGUCAAGUCUGAUGUUUAACAAUAUGAAUCUUAUAUCUAAUUACACAACUCUGGUUGUAUAUUUUACUAGUGUUACAGGUGUAUUAUUCUUCAAUAAGUUUUAAUGAUUUUACAAGGUGGAAAAUAUUGUGAUGUAUUCGCAUAAUACAAUGUAUAUUACAAGGUGA